UCUAUCCCUUAUCCUCUCCCCUCCCUCCCAAAUUCCAAAUCUCUCUCUUCUCGGCUGCCAUGGCUUCUGUAACUAAACCUCUAUUCAAGACUGUACCAAUGGCGGACAGAUACUUAACCUCUCUCCCAACCCUCUUCACAACCAAAACUUCAUCCCCGUUUCUCUCUCUCCCUUCUAAACCAAUUAAACUUCUUCAUCUCUCAUGCUCUUCUUCUUCGUCACUUCCUUCAUGGAUGUCUCUGAAAAAGAAGCUUUCUUCUUCGACCAUAAUCGCUCUAGUAGCACAGACCUCCGACUGGGCUCAACAAGAGGAAGAGAAUGAGGUUGAGGAGGAGGGGUUCAAUUGGGAGAAUCAAGAGGGCGAGGAGACCGAAGCUCGUUUGUCGGACUGGGAAGGUGAAGGGGAAGAUGCGGCGACAGAAGGGAGUGCGCCUGAAGAUGGAGAAGAGAGCGGCGUGGACGGGUUUCUCGGGGAGAGUGAUGAGUCUUAUUCGGAACCCCCUGAAGAGGCAAAACUUUAUGUUGGCAACUUACCUUAUGACAUUGAUAGUGAGAAGUUGGCUCAGCUCUUCGACCAGGCUGGAGUUGUUGAGGUUGCUGAGGUAAUUUACAAUCGAGAGACAGAUCAGAGUCGUGGGUUCGGGUUCGUCACGAUGAGUACUGUUGAAGAAGCGGAGAAAGCUAUCGAAAUGUUCAACCGUUAUGAUGCUGGUGGCAGGCUUCUGACUGUGAACAAGGCUGCUCCAAGAGGGUCCAGACCAGAGCGACCCCCACGAGUGUUAGAACCAUCAUUUAGGAUCUAUGUUGGAAACUUGCCAUGGCAAGUUGAUAACUCUCGCCUGGAGCAAGUAUUCAGUGAACACGGUAAGGUUGUGGAUGCCAGGAUUGUUUAUGAUCGGGAGACUGGACGUUCACGUGGGUUUGGCUUUGUGACGAUGUCGUCGCAAACCGAGUUGGAUGAUGCCAUUGCUGCCCUUGAUGGACAGAGUUUGGAUGGAAGAGCAAUUAGAGUGAAUGUUGCGGAAGAAAGACCAAGGCGUGGCUCCUUUUGAUUUAGAGAGAGGAGCUUUCAGUUCUUUAGGCUCUCUUUUUGUAACUGUGUAGGUUCUAUUUUGGAGGCAUGAUUCAAUGCUCAAUUUGUUUCUUUUGAUUUUAUUAGCUAGUGACAGGAAAGUUUUUUGGUCAGUUAACAUGCUUUUUACUUAUUUCUUUUUAUUCUUUUUUUUGUUCUGUUGGUAAAGAUAUACUUCCGUUAUAAUACUCUUUAAACGUACAAGGCAAUUGAAAGGUUACCCUUGUUCAAAGAAUUGGUUUUAGAAGCUAA